ACCUACAGGUAGUUAUAUGUAUAAAAUCUCCUUGUGUGAUCUCUCCUUUUGAUGUAAAAAUACAAUCUCAGGUCAUAAGAUUUUAUUGUUUAUUUCGAAUUAACCUGUUGAUCACACAGAAUUGAGACAAUAGGGAAACAAUUGUUUGACCAGUGCAUUUCCACCGUUUCAAAGGGUCGAUGUUAAUUCGAUUAGACAUUUCGUGGGUGUGGCAAAUGCUGCCUUCGACAGAGAUUUGUGGAAAAAGGAACAGGAAGCCCACAUGUGAGACAUUGAUAAGAUGAAAAGGAAGAAACUACGGAUUAAUACUCAAUUUUUUUCAAAAGGAAGAUCACUGUACCUACUGUGACCUAAGUGUUGAUCUAUACAUGUUACAAAUUUCAAUAUAUGUCGGCAAGUAUUUGCUUACACCACAGCUGUCACCUGAUUGCAUGUAGGUAAUGUUUCUUAUCUCUGUUGCUAAUGUAACACUUAUCAUUUUUUACUUCUUUUAAGGUAUAGGUACCUAUGUACAUUUUCUCACAGUUUCCUUUGCUAGUAGCUUGUUUCAUGCUAGUACUCUUUAUUAUACUGAAGUCAUAGUUAUUCUACAACUAGAUCCAGCAGCUUCACCCGCAGUUUAAUGUAUUGUUGGUGUGUUUGUUACACAGACCAUCAAACCCAUUUUUCAUCUCUGAAAUUGUAACAAUCAGACAAGGGAUGUCCCUUCUUUCUUCUGUCUUUAGUUAUGUUAGCAACCGUCAAUGUCAUUGUUUCAAAAUCUUAGCUCCAUCCAUAGAUCUCUAUCUAGCUAAACCUGGUCUUUGAAGUUUACUUUGUAAAGGAUGAAGAUGUGAUAACUUAUGUAUUAAUUUUCUUGUUGUAAUAAUACCAUUCAAAUUACUAAUUUAUUCAAUUUUUUUUUCCAUAAGUUUUCUGUUACUUUUACAGUCUUUUCAGCAUCUAAGCCAAUUUAUUUUUUUACUUACUUUUGCUUAUCUUUAUUACCUACCUUAUCUGUAUUUAAGUCAAGUAGGUAAUUUGUUUUAUCUAUUCAAUACCUAGUCACCAUGUAUAUUCCAAAUGGGAAGACGUUGUCCUGGGCUUACGGCCGUGAAAAUGAAAUCUGCGCGCGUUUUCACUGUGGGUGUGGGCUUUCCACUUUUGUAUACACAUCCCGGCAAAUCGCGCCAUCACCGAAUGUGAUGCAUGCAUAUUUCAGUAGUUUUUUCUUCUGUUGUACCGUGUCAGUAAAAUGUAUGUAUGAUAUGUGUAAAUCCUAUUUUACUCUGUGUGUGUCUGGCAGUGAAGUGAAUAUUAUUAUCUAGCAUUAAUAUUGUCUUAUUGUUGCUGUGCGGUCGCGCGUGCCGCUGGCAAGGACACGCUCUGGAUCACUCACGGGUUUUGAAGGGAGGUGACCAUAUUAUGGCUAUUAAGUGCUGAGUGCCAUACCUACCUGUAUCAUGGUAAAAUCAGAAAAUAGAUGCAUACCUUUUUUCCCUCGGGAUUGAGGCCUUGUGCGUAGCUAGUAUUGAAAUAAAUGGUUCCUAGAAAUGUCAAAAUAGGUACAGCGAAUCAACAAAAAUCUAUAAUACCUACUUACAAUGCGUUUGUUUAGAUACCUAAUUAAAAAUUGGUAGGUACGCAAUAUCUAUAUUGAAAUUAAUGUAUUCGCACGUAACAAAUUAAUUAUGUCAUUUCUUCAUUUUGAUUUUUUGUAUAAUCAUCAUUUAGUUCGGUUCCACUUUACGUUGCAAUGUUGCGUGCUGGGGACACAGCACCUAAUGGUCUAGAUCAAAAUGGUACAUACUUUGACAAUGAAUAAGGACAGAAUUAAGAACUUCCUUUGUUGAACUUAAUAAACCUAGUCAGUAAAAACAGUAAAAAAGCAAAAAUUGCUAAGACGCUUAAAGUUCGUGUUGGCAGUUUUGUGCAUUGUUGACACCCUGGAGUAGACUUAAUUCACCACAGCCGCCGACCAAUCAAACGCCAAUAUCCGCAGCAUUCGCAGUUGAUGAACUAGUUGUACGCAAUGCUACUGAAAUAAAACCACAGAGACCCGCCCUGUGUAGUACACUCUCGUUGAAAAGUGCCUAUUGGUUAUAGUUUGAUCAACCACUUGUCGUUAUUUUUUGAUAAUUAUUGUUUGGAUUUUAUGUAGAUUUCACUAAAUUUACUUUUUCUUACUGAAGUAAUGAUAAAAUGGAGCUAUUUUGGCGCAGGAAGCUUUAUGAAAAUGAAAAAAGUAAAUUACGUUCAAAACAGUCAUAAUCCAAAUUUAUUUUUCAAUUGUUUUCUUGAUAAAGAAUGGGAAAAUAAUGUUCUGCGUUAAAUUCACUUUUCUGCCAAGAUGUGCUCAGUAAAUAAUAGUGGCGGCGCCAGACGCGACCUUGACAGAGAACAGCCCAAGACCAUCGGUUGUCAUGUAGCGGUAUUGCUGGAUGAAGUUUGGUGUACAUCAUAAGCGGAAGCGGGUUUGUCACUGAAUUUCAUCCUUUAUCUUUUUAUUUUUUCAAUACCUUUAUGGAUCACUCAUCUCUGUGUCAUCUGUUAUGUAUUAGUUUUUGAAACGCGGAAAACAGCUUGUGUUCAGGCAAAGUCGAAACGUAUAUCGAGUCAAAGGCAAAACGUAAGGUAACGCCUCACUACACCUGGAUAAUAUUUUCACAGACAAUUAUUCACAGAUGAUUAUUUAAUUUUACCUUGCACAGAUAAUAAAGAAUACAUUACAUCCAUGCUUCCUACGUUUAAGAACUUCACAAUGGCUCAGUUCUACUUUGAUUGCAAUUCGAACAUCGUAGUUUUACUUCGCAUCACAGAACAUUUUAGUAUCUUUUAAUGUACGGAAACAUUGUGUCCUUGAAGCCGUAUUCGUAAUUCUCUUAUGCUUUGCGUGCUGUGCUAGCUCGCAACAAUUAUGCGAGAAACACGACCGUUUAGUUAUUUUGUUGUCGUUUUGUUCGCAUUUCCAUGUUAGGGCGGCGAUGACAGGGCUCAGUAACGGUGCUGAGUGCAGACAUGGACGGACACGCAGAUUCUCAGCAGCAAGAGAUCAAGAUGGGAGUGCCGUACAUCACGUCGUUUUGCUGCUGCAUGGGACUGGAUGUCGGCGCCCGGAGCGUCGGCUAUCUUCAUCUGAUAGCAUCAAUCGGGCUCACGAUCCUGUGCUCGAUCUUUACGUCGGACUUGAACAAUAAGAGGGGCACGGUCGACGACAUGGGCGACCAUCUCUACUCUAAACUGUAUGUCAUCACACUAGUGAUCACUAUAAUAUCUGUGGUGCACAUUCUACUUGCGUGUAUACUGCUAAUCGGGGUCUAUAAGCGCAGUACCCUUCUUUUACGAGUCUGGGUGUGGGUGAUGUCCACACUGUUGGUGGCCGCGUUGGUCUACAUCAUUGUGGCGGCCGCGAAAGGAUUUAGCGCUAGUGGAUCUGAAAUCUUCAUCGCCUUUGCUGAAGGAGUUUUAUUCUUUGCCAUUGUUAUAUACUGCAUCCUUUGCGUGAAUAGCUACUAUCUGAAGUUGAGGAGUUGCGAAGACAUGGAGGGCCCUGGCAAGAGCGACUACUGAAGACAUGUUAGUACGAAUUUGAUACGUUAUUCGUCGAUAUUUGAUACGUUUGUUUCGCGAAAAUACGCCUAGCGUGUAAGUACGAAUUUUCGUAAGUACGUUUAUUUCGUGAUAUUAUGAGUUUUCUAAAUCUGACUCAUUGCGUUCAUUGCAGGAAAAUGCGCAUAGCGUGUUGGUAUCUACGACUUUUACACUCGAAUUAAUUCGAGAAAACUCGUCUUAUCUAAGUACGACGUUUCACACGUUUAUUGCAAAAUAAUACGCCUCGCGUUUUGAGUCCAGACUACGUCGCGGUCCUGGCGUGAUUUUUAGUCAUAGCGUAUAAGUUGUGAUGAUUUAACACGUACUUAUUACACGUAUUUAUCGGCAGCGGAGGAUACAUGUGAGUUUGGUACUCGGAAUGAUUUACUAAGCGAAUGGUUUCAAGAUUUUUUUAAAUAUAUUUUUAUACCUAUACAUUUUUUCUUGAUUCAGAAAGUUUUUCUGAAAACUCUAACGCACUUUAGAAGGUUGACAAAUUUUAACGCUAGUGAUACUUAUGAGAAGUAAAAAAAUGAAUUACAAGAAUUACUUAUAAAAAGUUGCCAAUUGCAUAUUUAUUAAGACCGUGUAACUGCCAAGCUUUAUGUGGUUGUAUGAACUGCCUUAUUUUAGAUGCUUUUACAUUGUCUAUUGAUAUUUAAAAUGUAAGGUCGCAUAUUAACCGUAACACUUAAAAACGUAGUUUUUUACUUUGUCGCGAACAGACGGACUGACGCUGCAGAGGACCUUGUUUUAUAAUAUUUAAGUAUAGGGAUAUGCAUAUAUGUCUGAUUGUUGUCAUUAUGCAUACAUAUUGAUUUAUUUAUAUAUACCUAUGAUUGGAAUUUUUCUGUAAAUUUUAACGAAGUAAAUUCUAUUCUGUAACUACUGAUUAAGCUUCACCUAAAGCCUUUAAAACAUUAAUGUCAAUAAUAAUAAAUCAUCCCAAUUGAAUGUCGCCAUUUUGGUACUGAAAGUGGCGUGAGCAUCUAUGGAGCUACGAUAGGACACAGUCGACAUAAUAACUAUGAAUAUUGAUUUUUGUGUAUUUUUAUUUCUGCAUUUAGCAACCUUGAUUUGAUAAACUCCUUGUUAUACUAACCUAUUUGUCUUCCUUCCGAGAUGGUUUCUAUCGAUAGUGAGUGAUAACAUUUUCAGUCACGAUUUCCUUCAGUUUUAUUAAGUUGCAGUGACAGUUGCAGCGGUUGAUGGCAGACCAGAACGAGACAAAUCUCGACUGCUUUCGAACGUUUUUACCACACAUGUGUUUUUAAACUUUUAUUUAGCUCACCCCGUAUGUUUUUAAUAUAGUCUAGUCACCAUUAGUCUUCUGUAACAACCGUAAAUUUCUUUAAAGUUUCUACGUGGUUUGACACAUUUAGCUACUUUUUUAUAUAUGCUGUUAGGAUGCCUUGCACUGCACUUCAAAGGCCAUAGAAAACUAACAGGUGACAAAAUUUGAAACGCCAAAAUCUUGCCAAAUAUUAGGUUAUUUUGCAUCGCGUACGUGUGCGCACAAAACAAAACUCCAAUCAAGCUUCUCAUGUUACUCACAGUUCGUGAUGAUUCUAGGAAUCAUCACGAACUGUGCAACACUUGCGAGUGGAAACACUGGACAGCGAGUCACGUGAAUUUAUACAACCAUAGGUCUAAAUUGUCUGUGGUGAAAGUAUUAUCUUUGAAUCUUGUUUAUUAUUGCUGUGAUUGCUUUUGGUUGGCUAUGUAAGACGUUUAGUUAUUCGUUACUCUUAUUAUUUUUCAAAUACCAAUCAGUUUGCAGCCAUUGUAAUAUUUUUUUAUUUGGCUUUGGCAUUUAUUACGUGCGCCGGGACGGCGGAGCCGUCUUAAGCCAUUAUAUAGUGGGAAUCAGCCUAGUCUUGAUCUACUAAAAACGUAAGCAAAAUAAUUUUGUUAUCACUUUAUUUAUUUAUUCUUACUUUAAUUCAUAAAUUUAAAUACUCUAAUGUGAAGUGGCCGGAGACGUCCGCAAACGUCUUCGUUGGUCCGUCUUCAUCUUGUGUUUCAUUAUUAUUCUAUUUUUGCAAAGCUGUGAUUAUGGGUGUUGUUUAGAUCUUUUUGUUGUUUUUAGAAUUCACUAUUCAUUUGUUUACGUAUUAUUACAUAUAGACUGUGCACUUAUAGAUCUAUAAGUGAUAUUUUGAUAAUAGUAGAAACAAAAUCUUGAUAGUUUUUAAAACCAAUGAGAACGCAUUUUUAAUAUUGAUAUAAUUUUUUUAUAUUUACUUUUGUAUUGAGCUGCUUUGUCCCCAUAGAUGUCUGGAUGAGUGCAUUUUGUAGUUAUAAGACUAUUAGUAGUAUUAUUACUAUUAAGAAGUGUAGUUGUGUUUUGUAUACUAGUGAGCACAUGCGGUGAUGAACGCGGUGUGAUAUUGAAUGUAAUGUUCUCAUACGGCGGGCGGCGGUAUGCAGUGGCAGCCCCUCAAGUCGACAUAUUUGGUUCAGAUUUACUUUAAAUAUAUUUGUAAUGAUGUAAAAAAAUGUUUACUUACAAAGUAAUAAACAGUUUUUACUUUUACAAAAUAAGUAAUAAGUACAAAAUUCGUUAUUGGCGAAUAAAUAAAUAAUAAAACUAAUUAAUUAUGCGAUAAUACGAGUAAAUAUGGGCCAAAUGUGCCGAAAAACACAGUCAUUAGUUUUAUUGCAUUCUCUUAUUGGGAAUCGAACGAGUACAAUUAAAAUGCAAGACAAUAAAAAUAUUCAUUGAGACAAAAUAUUUUGAAUUGAAAUUGUGAAUGAAUAUAAUUGUUGAUAAAUCGGUGCGACAUGCCAAAAUUAAAAUUUUAUGCCUUUUAUAAGACAUAGUUGUAAGAUUUAAGAAAUUAUUCUAUAUUUACCAAUUUAUAUUAAUUAAGACAUGUUAAAUAAGUGCCAUGCGAGGAAUAUUCGCUUUUAUUAAAUGACUUUGCAUUCA